AUGGCAAAGGUCAAAGUUCUAUUCGAUGGAAAAAUUUCAAGUAGUGAUUUAAAUUCGGUACUGGUAAGGAAGAUGUUGAGGAUAAGAAAGAUGAAAACUAUUGAAGAUACGGUGCAAUAUCUGACGGGUGGGCGCUUUGUUCUGUUGCAACAGUUUGUGAAUUUUGCAAGUCGCUCUCUUUCUGAAAAUGUAGUUGAUGAUUAUAAGAUGCAGUUGUUCGGAGAAAUAAGAAAGCUUUUGGAAG